CUCUUUCUCCGCAUUUGGAUCUGUGUUUGUAUUUGUAUACAAUACAUUGAACGGCUACCCGCAUUGGACGGACAAAAGCUCAAUGCUCCCAUCAUGAUACUACCUCAGAGUUCGCUGUUCUUCGUGAGCUUGGCGGCGUGCUCGACCGUCGUUGCGGCGAGUAAGGACGGCGCUCGGCCGAGGGGUGUUGGACCUGAAUUUGCAAAGUUCUACAAGGACACUGAUACAUUCACCUGCAUUUCGCACCCGGCUAUCAAGGUUCCGUUUUCCGCUAUUAAUGAUGACUACUGUGAUUGUCCGGAUGGGAGCGAUGAGCCCGGGACUGCGGCGUGUGCUCAUUUGUCCCGCCAUUCGCCGCUGACGGUUGCUGAUCGUCCUGGGAAUAAUGACCUCGAUUUGACGCUGUCCUUGCCCGGGUUUUACUGUAAGAAUAAAGGCCACAAGCCGGCUUACGUGCCCUUCCAGCGGGUUAAUGAUGGGAUCUGCGAUUAUGAUCUGUGCUGCGAUGGCAGUGACGAGUGGGCUCGGGUUGGGGGCACGAAAUGUGCAGAUAAGUGCAAGGAGCUUGGCAAGGAGUGGCGAAAGAAUGAGGAGAAGAGGCAAAAGUCGAUUACGACUGCGCUGAAGAAGAAGAAGGAGCUUCUCGUUGAUGCUGGGAGGCAGCAGAAGGAAAUUGAGGAGAAUAUUAAGAGGCUGGAGGUUGAGAUUCAGGGCCAGGAGAUCAAGCUUAAGGGUCUAGAGGUUGAUCUGGAGGAGAUUGAGAAGCAGGAGCGGAGCAAGGUGGUGAAGGGUAAGAAGGCAGGCAAGGUUAACGUUCUUGCUCAGGUGGCCAAGGGCCGCGUUGAGGAGCUUAGGACUGCGUUGACUGAGGUCCGCAAGGAGAGGGAUGAGACUCGCUCUCGCGUCAAGGAGCUUGAGGAGAUUUUGUCCAAGUUCAAGGUCGAAUAUAAUCCCAACUUCAACGAUGAGGGUGUUAAGCGCGCAGUGCGCAGCUGGGAGGAGUAUGCUGCCAGAGGUACCUCUGACAGCCAGGAGAAUGCCGCCCGUGACCGGGAUCUAGAUGAGAUUGCUAAGCCCGAUGAUGAGCAUUCCGGUGUUAACUGGGAGCAAUGGGAGAACGAAGAAGAUGGAUGUGAAGCUGAUGCCAUCUACCAACUAGCGGCUUACCUUCCUCCUUCUCUUGUGAACUUCAUUGAGGACAAGGUUCUUGCCAUCCGAGGCUUCCUCGAGAAGAAUGGCGUCCUGCCUGCGAAAGACGAGGGCUCCGCCUCCGAGUCCAAGGCAGUGACCGAGGCCCGUGACGCCGUCAAUGCGGCCCGUAAGUCCAUCGAGGAUUUGAACAAUCAGGUGAAGGACCACAAGGAAGAUCUUGAUACGGACUAUGGUGUGGGAUCUAUCUUCCGCGCUCUUAAGGGCGUCUGUAUCGAAAAGGAUGCCGGCGAGUACACAUACGAACACUGCUUCCUAGAUCAAACCAAGCAGAUCCCGAAGAAGGGAGGAUCGACAGCACGCAUGGGCAACUUUGUUCGCAUCGGAUCUGUCACUGUUGAUGAGCUCAACGAAUCCGGUGAGAUUGUUCCUGAGCAGAGGGUAUCGCUCGAGUACGCCAAGGGACAGACCUGCUGGAACGGGCCUGCACGAUCCACGACUGUUGUCCUGCAGUGUGGCGAAGAGAACGAGAUUAUUAAGAUUGCGGAAGACGAGAAGUGUGUCUAUUCGAUGCUUGUCAACACGCCCGCCGUGUGCUCAGGAGGAGAGGAGGAAACCCGUACGGCGUCGGGACACAAAGACGAGUUGUGAUGUGAGAUAGUAUAUAUACUGCAUCUAGAUAGUACAUCAACUUAGUUAACUUAGAUGAUACUAUUCUAGGUAGAUUAGCGCUACUGGGUUCCGGCUAGAUCUAGACAAUACAGACAUUCUCC